AUGCAGGAGACCUGGCGGCCGGCGGAGCUGCCGGCGCCGCUCGAGACGGAGGCGCUGGUGCAGCUGAACCUGAGCACGCGCACGGAGCUGGAGGCGUGGGUGGAGGCACAGAUGGCGCGCAUCCUCGAGGAGAAGCGCGCGGACCAGCUGCAGUCCCAGGAGCACGCGCGCGCAGCGGACGAGGCCCAGCGCAAGCGCGAAGUUCUGCAGAUCGAGCACCAGAAGCUGUCGGCCGACACGCACGCCAAGGAGAGGGAGCUGAACGCCAGCCAGGUGGAGAUCGAGGUGCUGCAGGCCGAGAAGAGCAGGCGCGAGCCCGUGGUCAAGCAGUUGGUGGAGAAGACGGUGGAGGAGGACGCCAGGCUCAAGCAACUGCUAGCGGACUCGCAGAGGCAGCGCUCGACGCAGGAGCAGCAGCUGCAUGAGCUCCAGCAGGGGCUCGCCAUGUACCAGAAGCUCGGGCUCUUCUUCGAGCACACGGAGGCCGACCGAAUUGUGGUUCGGUUCACGCAGAUCGACGCGCAGAAUCCCAGUCGCGAGUUCUCCUUCCGGAUCACAAUCGACCCGAUCACUGACAAAUACAUUGUUGACAACUGCAACGAGAACGUGGCUUCGCUGAGCGACCUGGUGCGAGAUCUGAACGAGACGGGCGACUUGGCGCUGUUUAUCCGCUCCAUGCGGCGCCAGUUCAAGCAGCUUGUGUAG